AUGAUUGCGCAAUCGGCAGUGGUGCUUAUGUUGGUGGUAGUGAGCAGUGCAUACAUUACGGACAACGGCUAUAAAAUUGUUACCAAACACUCGACACACUACUUCGACCAGGGUACGAAUGCGAUCGAUUCCUACCAACCGGUGUCCGGUAUCGGCGGCGGCUACAGUGAGGCCGGGCUCGUUGGUUACAAAACCCAGGCCCAGGAUACGGGCUACCCGGAGAACGGAUACGAUUACCGGGACUACUAUACCUAUCCGAAGUACAAGUUUAACUACGGUGUGCAGGAUGCGCAUACCGGUGAUCACAAGAGCCAGUGGGAGAUCCGCGAUGGUGACGUCGUGAAAGGAGCCUACACGCUGUACGACGCAGACGGGACGAAGCGCAUCGUGGAGUACUCGUCGGACAAGCACAACGGGUUCCAGGCUCAUGUGAAGCGGGUGGGACAUGCCCACCACCCGCAGGUGUACAAGACGGAACACGGCAUUUCCGGUGGUGGCUACGACGAAGCGGAAGGUUACAGCUACAGCAACAUUGACCAGCAUCUCUGA